AAUUGAGCUUUGCUAGCUUCCAACUGACAGGCUGAGACGCUCAGCUUGCAAACGGAGAAUCCCAAUUUAACCGGUUGACGUCCUGGGGAAAUAAAUACGGUUAUUAUUUGAGUUGAUGUACCCACUAGUGUGUGUUUUAGACAUGAAGGCAUGUCAUGAAAGUAGUCAAUGAACCAGCGUUAGCAUUGGCUGCUAAUGGCGAGGCUACUGCUACUGUCGCCGAAGUCUUCAGAAUGGCGAAGUGUAUGACAGUAUUCGUGUGGUUUGGAGUAAUUUAAGUAAAUUAAUACCGAUCUCUUUCAUUCAACGUGAGUAAAUAUGAAAGGGAAAACUCACUUUUGUCCAUCAGCUAGCCAUGACUCCACAUUAAACUUUGGAAACUUGAGUUCGGCGCUCUUUAGUGACGUCACAUGUAGAAAAGCGCUGUGUCUCCCCCUGAUGAAUCAAGUGAAGAAUGAUCACCUUCAGGAGUAAAUUUCUGAGCCGGGCUAUGGAGUAUCACGGCGGUCAGUGUAGCACAAUGCUAACAGCCAGUGGGCCUGAGCAGCGGUGUGUUGACGCCGGUUGCCAUGUGGACAGAGCCCCUGAGCUGAGGGGAGGGAGUACAAAAGAGAACAAUCCUGGGAAAUGUGGAAAAUAAGAGCCCCACUUGGUCUGGCGCAUGUAUUGGAAUGUUCUCCAAAUAUGCCAAAUAUGUGAACGAAUGCUGAAGUUUGCAAGCUGAUGCGAACUUGUGGCAGCAGAAUUCCAACAGACCAGUGGGGAUAUCUGCUCUGCUCUGCCAUGCCUGUGUGUCCACUGUAACUCUCAAACAAUGAAGGAGAUAAAUAAAAAUGAUGAUGAUGAUGAUGAUGAUGAUGAUGAAACACAAUGGAGAAAACUUUAUGCAGGGACAUCAUUAGUACCUGCUUGAGCAUAUAUUUAUUCUAAGGUAAAUUGCACAUACCAUGACAAAUCAGUGUUGUCAGGUUAAUGUCCUGUAUCAAGUGGGACAAUGUCAUUUUGGGGGACAAUUUUACAACUCACUUCCCAUAUGAUCAUACAUAGGUAAUUUACUUUGUAUUCCUAUAUUCACACGGUGCAUAAUAUACAACAAACGUGUACAAUGCCUAAGUAUGAAGACAACACUGUAUUUAUUUGCCUAUUUUUCAUCUUUCUAUUGAGUAAAAUAGUGAAAGUAAGAAUGCAUUUAUUUUACAGGGAUAUUUUAAUACAAGCCAGUAAGUUACCCGUUUGACCACAAAUAUUGUAUUGUGACAUUAUCGCAACGCAAAAUGGCAUCAGCAUUAUGAUGUUAAGAGCUGCAUGGUGUGUCAAGGAGAAAGGUGAAGGUGUCAGUAUAGUUUUUCUCUUAUAACAAAAGCGGGGCAAUUGCUUUUGUUAUUUUUAGGCAAUGAGCUUUCUUCUACAAGUGGACACUGAGAUGAUUGCUUUUUGUUCUUUAGUUCAAAUGGUAUUGUGCAUGAAGUCCAUUUAAAAUGGAAGCAUCCACAGUGACUUUUGGUAUCCCAAUAUGUCUUCCGUGAGACAAUUAGAAUAAUUUGUCUUUAGUAAUUUAACAAAGAGCUAGUGUGGAGCUCAGCUGGCGGAUUACACAGGAAAUGUUUUCCACUGACAUCUGUGCAGUUUAAUUACACAAGGCAUUGCCGUGGCAAUGAUGAUGGAGGUGCAUUUGCGUUUGUUACCAUGACAAAUAUUCUUCUUGAAAGGUGCCUGACAUUAAUAGAGGAAUAAAACUAAUACAUGCAUACUAAGUAUGCAUGGAGAAUGAGAUGAAUGGUGUAUGUGCCUGUAUUUUGAUCAUUUCUGAAAGGGACAGAAUCCACCCCCACUUCCUCUGUCCCUCCUUCCCACCUCCUUCUCUCUCCCUCUCUCUCUUUCUCUCUCGCUCUCUUCCUGAGUCCCAGCCCCUGAAGGUGUCAUAGCUGUGCUUGCUCUCCCUCUCUCACUCACUCUCUAUCACCGCCUUUCACAUCUUUAAAAGCUGGUGCUGUGCUGUGUCUUUCUCGAUCUCCGUUUGUCUCCUCUGGCACUGCAGGGGACUCAUCUGGCAAAGCACCAAGGAGAGCUACUGUAUAGAAGCGGGAGGGAGAGUGAGGAAAGAGGAGAGAGAGAGAUAACAGAAAUAGCAUCAGCCACAUUUACCUGUCAGUGUGUGAGUGUGGAGAAUUUGGAGACAUGCCUUUGCUUUGUAACUUAACUAUCGUUGUUUUAUUGCUGAUUGUUCACUGUGGAUCGUGGACAGGGGCCAGUCGUUUGGGCCCCUUCAAGGUUUGUCCCAGCUGCAGGGAUCCACUUGGUGCUGGGAGACCCCCCAGGGAGCACAACGUGGCAGGCAGCACGACGAUGUUGGCCCAGGGAGAGCCCUGUGGCGUGUACACCCUAAGCUGUGCCAAGGGGCUCCGCUGUGUUCCCCCGCCAAGGGAGCAUAGCCCCCUUCAAGCUCUGUUGCAGGGUAGGGGCAUUUGUGCCAAGCACAGCAGGACAAGUCCCACUGAGAGGCCCCACCCCACAGGUCCUCAUCCUUCCCACAGCGGUGACAUUGAAAAAGCACCCUGCCCGCAAAAUGCUCAACAGUGUCCUGAGAGGUUUGGAAUUGACAAUCAUCCAGUCUGACCGCGACAUCUACAUACCCAACUGUGACACCCGUGGGUUCUACAGAAAAAGCAGGUAAACGUUGGAAC